AUGUCAGACUAUUCGGAAUAUUCAGAGUAUUCAGAUGCGCCAAAUGAUACUUUUGAUUACAUAGCAAGUAACAGGAGAACGGAAAUGACGUCAGCAAAAUCGAAAACUGAUAACGGCCCUGCCGAUCCGUAUAUCUACAUCAUAUCACAAGAAGAAAGUAAGAACGGUAAAGAGGUAAGCUCAUUUCAAUACAAAAUGAAGCGAUCAUCUAAGAAAUCGCCAGAAAGUUUCACAAUAAAGAAUUUGCCGAAGCUUGCUGAAUUAAAAAAGGGUCAAUUGUACACUGUUGCCAUAAGAUAUGAUGGAAACUAUCUAACUUGUGUUGCACAUUCCUUAAUUCCAACAAAAGCAACAAUAACAAUUACAAGAGAAACAGAAGGAGGAUCUAUAGUACUCGAUAAAAUGACGAAUCAGAACGGUGAGAUCAAUCAUUUGAAUUUUAUCAACAAUAAAAUCGAUUCAUUUUAUCCGAUUCCAAAGGCUGGCGUAGUUCUACGUAUCCUUAUGCCAGGUACUGAACAAUCGGCAUUCGAAAGCAUAGAAUCAUUGUUGGUCGAAGGAUUUCCGGAAAUGAUUAAAGUUAACGUAAGCAAACCGGAAAUAAACUACACUAAUUCCAUUGUUUUCCAACAAGUCAUAUCAGUUCCAAGACGUCUUCCUCCUACUUAUCCAUAUUACUACUUCGAAGAAGGUAAGGUUACUGAAAUUGAUGGAAGCAACAGAUACAUUACAAAAGCCUUUCCAGAAACAGCUAAAAAUUCUCCAUCAAUUUUAAUCUGUCAGGUAAAUAAAUCUUUCCAAGUCGACAUACUCACAUCGCUUGCAUUCACAGGAGCAGAACACAUUAUAUUAGAUUGUGUUAAUAAAAGACUCCAACCACGAACCAUUGAUACCUUUAGAUUCGAAAACUGGAAUAUCAAAAGAACAAAUCCAAAGAAUAGCACUUCAUUUACAGGCGAACAAGUACUUCCAGGCAUGGUAUUUGUCAAACUCGUCAAGAAGAACGUUGAUGGAAUUAUUCAGAUUAUUGAUACACUUUAUCCAGGUCCAGACGUCCAGGAUGUCAAGGUCAGGUUAGCUUUCCUCAGACCAGCUGGUAAUUACGACCUGAUCAACACUCUUCCUGUUCCAGAUACAAAAAUUUUACCAGAAUAUUCUCCGAAGAAAUCAAGAAGCCUCAAAUCGCCAAGGAAGCAUAAGAGUCAUAUGGAAGUAAAGAAGAAACCAGCGAAGAAGGAAAAGAGAAGCAAGUCACCAAGGAAAUCCAAUUCACAGCCAAAGCCGAAACCAGUUGUCGAAGAAUAUUAUUAUUACUCAGAUGAAGACGAACCAGCUCCUUCCCCAAAUCUUAAGAUUUACGUUGAUGAAAAUGGAAAUAUCAUCGAUAACAGCGGUGCUCCUAAAAAAGAUAAAACAAUUUCAGACAUCUUAAGAAAAAUCAAAAAGAGUGGUGCUACACCAAAGAUCCUCAGCAAAUAA